AUGAAUCCUAUGUGGAAAGUUUAUAAGAGCAAAGUGCUGAAGACGCUUAACCCAGAAUAUGAGGAGGACACUGCUGAAGAGGUCACAGAAGUGGAGAAUGAAAUGAGUCCAGUGCAGGAGGAGGAGGGGCCCAACGCUGUUUCCCAAUUGGCCAAGAAAAUGCAGGGGGCCGGGACCAAAAGCUGGAACAGACUAUCAUCUCUCUUUAACAAAGAUGAUGAACACCAGCUUCUAGAGGAGACUGAGAGCCCGCCGGUUGCUGACCAUCCACUUGCAGUAAAGCCAGAGGAGCCUCCUCGACCCAACAGGCGCACAGGAUUCUGGGAUAGCUUUGCAACCAACUGGGCUGCCAAGAAGCAGGCUGAAGCUGCAGCCGCAGCUGCUGCUGUGAAUGAGGCGGCAACAGGCCAAGGAAAUGAGGACGCAUCCUUCAAGUGGAACUUUGUCACCAGCAAACUGGCAGAUCUGAAGACCAAGAGCAUGACCAAGACCAACUAG